CGAUUAUAAAUCAAAAACCUGACGAUGGAAAGUCGACUAUACCCGUUAUAUAUAUUGUCGGGGUCGAGAUGAGGAGUGUUACGGGCCGGCACCGGCCCAGUUGGUAUUGCGUGAUUGUCCCGCAACUGUCGCCAUCGAUAUCAAUAUACGAUUCGCUAUAUCAUAUACCUUUAUAAAUAACCACAUCGAAGGUCAUAAAACCGACCCAGGUUCUAGAUAAACCACUUACGUAUUAUCUCCGGGAGUGAUCAUCAAGAUGCCUACAGAAUUCAUUAGCUUGACCUUCCCGAACCCGUCUACGGACAUUAACCCAAUCCCUAAUGCCUCCAUUGAUCCGGAUUUCCUAGAAAGGUACGCCCGGAAUCUGGAUGACUAUGCCUUCAACUACACCUUAGUACCGUACGACUCGUCGUACUAUGACCCCUGGACCAUCGGCGCCACCAUCGCCGCAAAGACAAAGAAUCUCAAGAUCAUCAUCGCGCUCCGCCCCAAUACGCUCUACCCCACCGUAGCAGCCAAGGCCCUCGCGACCCUAGACCAGCUCAGCCGCGGCCGCGCCGUGGUGCACUUCAUCGCGGGCGGCAGCGACGUGGAGCAGGCGCGGGAGGGCGACUUCCUGAACAAGGAGGAGCGGUACGGGCGUCUCGAGGACUACAUCAAGAUCCUGCGGCGCGCGUGGGCGUCGGACGAGCCCUUCGACUGGGACUCCAAGUACUACCAGUUCAAGCAGUUUUCGAACAAAGUUCGCCCCGUCAACGCCGCGAAGGGGAUCCCCGUGUCCGUCGGCGGGUCGUCGGACGAGGCCUACCGCAUCGGCGGCAGCCUGGCCGACAUCUUCGGGCUGUGGGGCGAGCCGCUGAAGGAGACCAAACAGCAAAUCGACCGCAUCUACGCGGAAGCCGCGAAGGCGGGCCGUCCCGACGGCGACCGCCCCCGCAUCUGGGUCACCUUCCGCCCCAUCGUUGCCGAGACCGAGGAGCUCGCGUGGGCGAAGGCGCACCGCACGCUGGACCUGCUCAAGGCCGCGCGCGCCGAUAGUAAAGGGCGCGCCAAGCCCGACGCGCCGCCCGCGCCCCAGAACGUGGGCUCCCAGCGGCUGCUGGAGAUCGCGAAGAAGGGCGAGGUCCAGGACAGGGCGCUGUGGUACCCGACGGUGACGGCGACGAACGCGCGGGGCGCGUCGACGGCGCUGGUGGGUUCCGUGCAGACGAUUGUCGAUUCGCUGCUGGAUUACGUGGAUUUGGGGGCCGAAUUGAUUUCGAUUCGUGGGUACGAUAACUUGAAUGAUGCGAUCGAUUACGGACGCUACGUCCUGCCGAAGGUGCGGGAGGCGUUGAAGGAGAGGGAGGGUAAGGCUAAUGGAACUAAUGGAACUAACGGGACUCAUUAGUAGGAUAUGGUGCCUUGUAUGUAGGGGAUUCAUAGGUUUUCCUUAAGAAUAUACGUUAAAUAAGAUA